UCGACCUCCGCCCCGCCGAGCCGCGCGCGCGACUGCCCCUCUUCAUUUGCUUCUUACGAUUUUUUUUUUUGCACGCAUUCUUUUUCUGUUCCGUUUUGUCCUUUUUAAGGCGGGGGCGGCGGCAGCGUCAGCUCGGGGCGGGGAGGGGGCGGCCGGAGGAUGCGACGCGGGGCUGCGCUCGCUACGCCUGCUGCUGCUGCCCGGCUCGGGCCUGCGCGCCGAGCAGGAUCCCAAGUGAUGGUGGUUUACGCGGAGGACCAGCUGAGCCCAGCGCGACUGGUUAGCACGGCGGAGCUGGUAGCAGCCCCUGCUGGCUGGAAGGCGUGAACGCGGGAUCUCGGCGUCUCAACCCGAGAGGAAGCAUGUCUAAGAAAGGCCGGAGCAAGGGCGAGAAGCCCGAGAUGGAGACGGACGCGGUGCAAAUGGCCAAUGAGGAGCUGCGGGCCAAGUUGACCAGCAUUCAGAUUGAGUUCCAGCAGGAAAAGAGCAAGGUGGGCAAACUGCGCGAGCGGCUGCAGGAGGCCAAGCUGGAGCGCGAGCAGGAGCAGCGGCGGCACACGGCCUACAUCUCGGAGCUCAGGGCCAAGCUGCACGAGGAGAAGACCAAGGAGCUGCAGGCGCUGCGCGAGGUGCUCAUCCGGCAGCACGAGCAGGAGGCGGCGCGCACGGCCAAGAUCAAGGAGGGCGAGCUGCAGCGCCUGCAGGCCACGCUGACCGUGCUGCGCGAUGGCGCGGCCGACAAGGUCAAGACGGCGCUGCUGGCCGAGGCGCGCGAGGAGGCGCGCAGGGCCUUCGACGGCGAGCGCCUGCGGCUGCAGCAGGAGAUCCUGGAGCUCAAGGCGGCGCGCAAGCAGGCCGAGGAGGCGCUCAGCAACUGCAUGCAGGCCGACAAGACCAAGGCGGCCGACCUGCGCGCCGCCUACCAGGCACACCAGGACGAGGUGCACCGCAUCAAGCGCGAGUGCGAGCGCGACAUCCGCAGGCUGAUGGAUGAGAUCAAAGGGAAAGAUCGUGUGAUUCUAGCCUUGGAGAAGGAACUUGGUGUGCAGACUGGUCAGACCCAGAAGCUGCUGCUUCAGAAAGAGGCUCUGGAUGAGCAGCUGGUCCAGGUCAAAGAGGCUGAGCGGUACCACAGCAGUCCAAAGAGGGAGCUCCCACCUGGGAUAGGGGACAUGGCGGAGCUCAUGGGUAUCCAGGAUCAGCAUAUGGACGAGCGAGAUGUGCGGCGAUUUCAACUAAAAAUUGCUGAACUGAAUUCGGUGAUACGGAAGCUGGAAGACAGAAAUACCCUCUUGGCAGAUGAGAGGAAUGAACUGCUCAAACGCUCCCGUGAGACGGAGGUCCAGCUAAAGCCCCUUGUGGAGAAGAACAAGCGAAUGAACAAGAAGAAUGAGGAUUUGCUGCAGAGCAUCCAGAGGAUGGAGGAGAAAAUCAAGAACCUCACGAGGGAGAACGUGGAAAUGAAGGAAAAGCUGUCGGCCCAGGCAUCUCUGAAGCGGCACACUUCCUUGAACGACCUCAGCCUGACGCGGGACGAGCAGGAGAUCGAGUUCCUGCGGCUGCAGGUGCUGGAGCAGCAGCAUGUCAUCGACGAUCUCUCGCUGGAGCGAGAACGGCUCUUGCGCUCCAAAAGACAACGCGGGAAAAGCCUGAAGCCGCCCAAGAAGCAUGUUGUGGAGACAUUUUUUGGAUUUGACGAGGAGUCCGUGGACUCGGAAACAUUGUCAGAAACGUCCUGCAACACAGACAGGACGGACAGAGCCCCCGCCACGCCCGAAGAAGACUUGGACGACACCACAACCAGAGAAGAGGCCGACCUGCGGUUCUGCCAGCUGACCAGGGAGUACCAGGCACUGCAGCGAGCCUACGCCCUGCUGCAGGAGCAGGUCGGCGGGACGCUGGAUGCCGAGAGGGAGGCCCGGACUCGGGAACAGCUACAAGCUGAUCUGCUGAGGUGCCAGGCCAAAAUCGAAGAUUUGGAGAAGUUACUGGUUGAGAAGGGACAGGAAAUGAUUCCAAAAGCAAACUGGUGACCACAAUAUUUCUUGACUUGAAUCUGAAGAAAAGCUGCCGUUGCUCGUCAUGAUUUGCAUGUGAAGAUGCACCAGCACCUGCAGCUGGCUCUGAAUUACUGCAGAGGCCGUGCCGCAGGAUCCUGCCAUGACCGUGUCACACGAGGAUCCCGGCCCUUGAGCUUCUCAGAUUAGAGUCACCUCCAUGUGCACAUCUUCUGAAUUUGAUUAGGCCUGGUCGAUAGCAGGGCCCAGUAGAGACGCAAAGCCUGGGCCCAGGCCUGUCCCCUGGGGAGGGGGGGGACCUUGGAGGGGGCUCUGGGUGGAGGUCCAGCCUCUCGGAGGGUAACAUCCAAAGGCAGCACCAACCCGGGGGUCAGUACAGGCCGGCCGUGCUGUCCGUGUCAGAGGGCUCUCUGGUGGAUGACGACCAGGACUUCUCGUGGCUUACACAGUGAAGGUGCAGGUUUACUUCCUGCUCCAUGCACUACCUGUCCCUCCUAUGGGCAGAGGUCGUCUGCUCCAUGUGGUGACUCAGGGAUCCAGUGCUGGAGGCCCUGCCAUCUUGUAACUGCCCUGUCCACAACACGUCCUCCUCAGCAGGGGACACAAGAGGCAGUUUGCUGCCUCUGCACAUUUCCUCGGCCAAAAGGGUCAGGUGGCCCCUUCUCACUGUGAGGGUGCUGAGGAGCGUGUGUGGCAGGUGGAGAGUCUGUGGAACCCCGCCCCAGCACACAGGCUGGCAGUGGGGGCUGAGGAGGUCUGGCAAGGGCCAGAGGUCGUAGGGUGGAACACAGAGGUGAGUGUUAAGGGAAGGAGUUGUAAGAGGUUCCAGGCGGGUUAACAGGGGGACUCGGGAAGAGCUACAGAGGGGUUGGCGUAGAACUAACUCUGGCUAGUGCCCAGUUAGUGGAUGGGGGCUCAGGUUGUGACUGAGAUUCAAAUUAAGGCAGACGGCCAGUAACCAGGGCUCAAGCAGGCACACGCAGCAGGUCACUGCAGCGACAUUUAUACAGGGACUGACAGGGGGACAGGGGAGUGGCCAGCCCUCAGGAGCUGCUUAUGUAACCGUGGUCCAGAAUUCUCCACAGAGGCAGGAGAGCGGUGAAGAGCACACACUCUGGAACCAGCCCACCUGGGGUCAAAUGCCGGCCCUGCCACUGAAUUGUUGCACCACCUUGGGAAAGUUACAUAAUCUCUUUGUGCCUCAGUUUCCUCAUCUUUAAAAUGGAGCUAAUAAUAGUACUUAACACACUGGGGAGAGGGCAGUAGGGAGACUCAACUGUAGCAAAGGCAGAGUCCAGGUGAGAGAUUGGGCUUUUUUCAAACUCCUGCCCUAACUUGCCAUUGACCCCAGCUUCCUCUUCCAGGCUGAGCUCACCCUGACUGACCACAGUUGACGACCAAGUAACCUCCCCCCGAGGCUGCUAGGCCCUGUGUUCUAGCCUGCUCUGCCCUCAGUGCCUGCUAAGUGAAGGGGCCGGUUUGGGGCAAAACAAACAGCAGUUCAUUCAGCGAGCGCUUACCAGAGCCCUCGCCACACCCCAGGCUCUGUGCUGGGUGUGCGGGGUGACGUAUCAGGUUGCUCUUGCUGCAUAACAAACCACCCCAAAACUUAGUUAAAACAACAACAUUCUUAUUUGCUUACAGUCCUCUGGGUCAGCACUUUGGGCUGUGCUCAGCUGGGCGGUCCUUCUGCUGGUCUCACUCACAGUCGUUCUCGAGGCCGCAUUGUCCGUAGAGUGACAGGGCUGGAUGGCCCGAGAUGGCCUCCCUGUCCUAUCUGGGCACUGUGCCAGCUGUUGGCUAGAUCCCUUCUCAUGGUGUCUCAUCCUCGAGGAGGCUAACCUGGCCUCUUUCCCUGGUGGUCCAGGGCAGGAAGAAAGGGCAGCCCCAAUGCACAAGUACAUUCCACGCUCUGCUCGCAUCACAUUUGCUAGUAUCCUGGGAGCCAAAGCACGCCACAGCCGGGCCUCGCUUCAGGGUUGGAGAAACAGACCCCGUCUCUCUUGGGAGGAGCUGCCAAGACACGUUGUGAAGGGAUGUGCGCAUGGAGGUGGGAGAGAAGGUGGCGGACAAUCUACCACAGACGAAAAGAUGGAUUGAACACGGCUCUGUCCUGAGGAGGCCUUGCAGCCUCUGCGGCCUGCACGUGUGUCACCCCGUGACGGCACAGGGUGAUCACUGUUAGGUGGAGGGAAGCCCAGGGGGCCACCAGAGCUGAGGGACAGGAACAAGAAAGUUCAUUCAUUUGUUUAUUCAUCCAUCCUCUGGUAUUUAUUGAGCACUGGCUGUGUGCCAGGCACCAGCUAGGCACUGGGGAUGCCAUGGGGAACAGACAGACUUAGUGCCGAAUGCUCAUGGAACUACCUGGAUAGACAGACAAAGGUGGGCAGGGUGUCAUGGCAGAGGGCCUAGAAUGAACCAGAGAGUGUGGCCGUAACCAUGCAGGUCCGUGGGGCUGGGGCAGACCCUCAGGUGUGGCUCAGAUGCCAGCCCCCAGGCUGCAGGGAACAGGCCAGGAGAGGGCCUGCUGGUGCCGACUCGGUCGCACCGCGGCUGUCCUGUUGGUGACACAGAGGAACUCCCUGUGCUCUCAGGGAGCGGGAGCCAUGGAGGAGGCAUGCGCACAAACCUGCCGUUUCUCUUUUUUGGGUUUAAAGGCCUGUCGGGACGAUGAGGUCAUUUGGCUGCUGUCCUUUUCUCUGACCUUUUCAUAGAAAGCUUUAGAUUAAGUGACCUUUUCGCUGACGCUUUGUUAUUUAACCGUCUGUUUGCUUCAAUAAGAGUGAACAUAUUUAGUACUUCU